AUGGCGGACGGGGAGCGAUCGCCGCUGCUGCCGCCCGAGGCGGGGCCGGGCCCGGGCGGGGCCUCACCGGCAGGCGCGGCGGGGGCGGGGCAGGGCGAGGCCCCGCCCCCUUACUCGCCAUUGGGCAGCCCCGAGGCGGCGGGGGCGGGGCCUCCGGCGGUCACGUGCCGCGUGUGCCAGCGGCCAAUCAGCGUCGAGGGGAAGACGCACCAGCACGUGGUCAAGUGCGGGGGGUGUGGCGAGGCCACGCCAAUCAGGACGGCGCCCGGCGGGAAGAAGUACGUGCGGUGCCCGUGCAACUGCCUGCUGGUGUGCCGCGCGUCGGCGCAGCGCAUCGCCUGCCCCCGGCCGUACUGUAAGCGCGUCAUCAACCUGGGCCCGGUGCAGACGGGCGCGCCCAGCCCCGACCCCGCCCCCGGGGGCGUGCGCGUGGCCUGCGCCCACUGCGGGGGGCCCUUCCUGUGGGCGGAGCUCCCCGAGCGCUCGCUGGCGCGCUGCCCGCACUGCCGCAAGGUGUCCGCGAUUGGCCGGCGGUUCCCGCGGCGACGCUGCCUCUGCUGCCUAUUGGCCGCGCUGCUGAUGGGCGGGGCCGCGGCCGGGCUGGCGGCCGGCACGUGGUGGCUGUGGCGCCGGGCGCGCUGGGUGCCGGCGGCGUGGGCGGUGCUGGGGGCGGGCGCGGGGGCGUGUCUGCUGCGGGCGGCCUAUUGGGGCUGCGUGCGCGUCAGCCAGCCCCUCCCCCCGCGCGCCUGACCACGCCCACCCGCACCGACACGCCCCCGAGACUCCCCACGCCCUGCGGGACACGCCCCUCUCAUCGCGGGACACGCCCCCCUCAUCGCGGGAC